AUGGUUGGUUCUUGCAAUGGAUUGAUCUGUUUGGCUGGUGAUUACUUUAUUCGUGAGUAUAAAGACCACUGGCUUCGAUUGUGGAACCCAGCCACUAGGACAACAUCCCCAAAAUUUGGGUGUGUUCGUGAAUUUCGCAAUCCACUAGAUAUUUUCGCCUAUGAUCACCGUUAUAAAUACAUAUUUGGUUGGGAUGAAUUUACUGACACUUACAAGGUAGUUGCCUCAGAAUUCAAGGAACCUGAAAUGAGAAGCAAUGCGAGAAUUCUGAGUUUGGCUGAUAAUGUUUGGAGAAAAAUUGAAAGUUUCUCAGUUGAACCCAUGGAUUCAGACUAUUCUUCUGAAAGCGAUUAUGUUGGUAUGUAUCUCAAAAGCACUAUUAAUUGGUUAGCUAUUCGUGAUAAACUUUGGUAUAUAGGUGAUGAUUAUAAGAAUAUUAAUGUUGAGCAAUUUGUUAUUGUUUCACUUGAUUUAACAACUGAAACAUGCAAUCAAUAUUUAUUACCUCGUGAUUUUGACGAGGUGCCUCCUGCACAGCCAACUGAAACAGAUUUUGUUAUAUGGAAGAUAGAAAAUUUCGGAGUUGAUGAUUCUUGGAUUCAAUUCCUUAAAAUUAGUUAUUACAGUCUUCAAAUUGAUUAUGACUAUAGUGACGAAUAUAUAAAGUAUCAUUUAAAUUUCGUUCCGCUGUUUCUGCCCAAGGAUGGUGAUACUUUGGUACUUGAUUGCAGUAGGUUAUUCAUUGAACAACUUCGAAUAUCUUAA